AUGCCAGCCAGGUGGUUCUCCAAACUAGACGCCAAUUAUGGAUACUGGCAAAUGCCCUUGGACGAGGAAAGUCAAUUCCUUACCACUUUCAACAGUCCUAUUGGUAGAUAUUGCUGCACCUGCACUCCAUUUGGUAUCACCUCAGCACAAGAAGUUUUUCAGAAAAGGAUGCAUCAACAUUUCUACGAUCUCGAAGGUGUUGAAACGGAUAUUGACGACAUCGUUAUUCACGGGACGACAGAAGAAGAGCAUG